CAUAGGUGCCCUUUACUGUUAACAUCACAGGUCUGUGGUCGCCGAAAUAUUUGCUUUAUGAAAGGUUGCUUCUACGCCCCGGAGAGACGCAGCAGCAUGCAGCGGAGCGCAGUGGUCGUGGUGGCGGAGAAAACGACCCUGAAAAGGCCGUUUAUUUUCACCAAUGCUGUGCAUAUGGCGCUGUGCUUCUUCAUGCUGACAAUGACAAUAACUUGGCACAGAGACCUCAUACAAACUGGCAAACUGGUGUCCAGUGUUUCUGUAGUGUUAAUGUAUGUCAUAGAGAUCGGCUGCCUGCUGCUGUCAGUGCUUGGCAUAUUUGGAGCCUGUAAAGGAAAGAGAUGGUGUUUGAUUCUGUAUGCAACUGGGAUGGCCGCAGCCAGUCAAACAAUAAUUGUCAGAACAGCACUGAGUUACCAAGAUGUCUAUGAGAAACGUGUCGUCCGUGAGGAGGCAAAGUUGCUGUCCAUGAUGCCACUCAGUGGCACGAGCAAAGCCAACAGGACCCUGCUGUACAGCAUUCAAGAAGAGUUUGAGUGCUGUGGUCUUAUCGAAGGCUACAAAGACUGGGGCUCUUUCAUCCCUGCUUCCUGCAACUGUCAGUAUCCGGGAAAAUGCAUUCGACUACGGGGCAGCGCCACACUUGGGGCUCCGAAGAACCAGUACGUUUAUCAAGAGCCCUGCCUACCGAUUUAUGUCUCCGAACUAAAGCUUGCAUUCUCGUUGGCGAUGGGUAUACAGUUCGGAAGUGGAGUGUUUUGGAUGGUUUUACUUGUCAUGAGCAUCAAGCUGAUGGGCCAGAUAAGACGAAAACAGGAGUUCAUGGCUCUUCUACAAUCAAACAGAUAUGUUCCUGGUGCCUUCUAGUAACCUAGUACAUUUAAUACAUACAUAAAUUAUUAUCAAGCGUACCUUGUUUGAAUUUGCACAUGUAAACACAUUAGGCUGUAUAACAUAACCUGGCUAAUUUGUGCUGUAGCAACAUAUGUUAAAUUAUUAUUAUUAUAUUUAUUAUUAUUAUUAUUAUUAUUAUUAUUAUCAUUAUUAUAUAUUAUCAUUAUUUUCUAAGUGUUAAUGCAUGUAACUGAUGUUGAACAGUAAUCGACAUGCAUAGAUCAAUUUCAAAUGACUGAACGAUGCAGUUUAAUGAAAUGAGCUUUAUCUUUAGUAAUCAUCACAUUUUCACUCGCCUUUUGGCCUAGCCCUUAGAUUCUGAAUAUCUUACCGAGCUUUAAUCAGCCAUCUGUUUUUCUCUGCAUUCUGUUAUCUACAGUAAGUGUCGUCGUAUCCGGAUAAUAUUCUGACAUUAUUUAUCUCCAUUGCCUUCACACUCGGACGCAUCAGUGAGUUCGUAAAGGCAGAUUAUAAUCCAAUGACGUCUACCGUCCGUAACAAUCUCAAACACAUGCACAAAACCCAUUUUUGGUUGUCAACUGGACCAAUGUCUUUCAAACAUACAUAUAUUUGUACUUGUCUUAAGCACACAUGUUGAAUUUUCAGCACUAAAGCAACCAAUAAUCUUUGAAUAAGUAAUAAUAUUAAUAAUCCUUAUGUAGCAUCUUUCUUAAACGGAGUUUACAAAGUGCUUUGAUUGAAAUAUAAUGAUUUAUUUAUUAUUGAGCAAUGAUUUUCUUGGAUAAAUAAUCAGGUUAGACAAAAGAAUGAGUCAAAGAUCUCAUUAGGAUACCAGAAUGUCUUGAUGCCUUGUUAUGCACAUUGUAUAUUUGUAACUUCAUCACCUCGUUCAGUUUUUCUUAAAGCACACGUAGCGAGUAAAAGAUAUGUGAUCGUGUCCAUUAGGAGGAGAGGGGAUUCUGUUUGGUUGCACGUUCAGUAGACAUGCCAGUAAAUCCUCAAUUAUUUUUUUUUGCCUCCAAAAUUUGAUUUCAAGGUUUGGAGAAAUUUUGGCAAGGCCACCGCAGACAGGCUGUGAGAGGCUCCUGUAGGAAGAUGUGUCAUCAAUAUUCUUACAGAGAUUGUACUUUCGCAACUGAUGCCGCUCUCACCGAAGAGGCCUUUAUGCCACAUCGCUCCAUAUACGACUUGCUGCAUGAGCUGCCCGCAGUUGAAAUGUCUCCUCGACUAAUGUAUUGUCAAAAUGAAUUUCGUCUGAAACAGCAGAUCCAAUGUCUACCUGUGCACUUUAACCAUUAAUGCCUAAUAUAUAUGUUCUAAUAUGUUCUUAAAUGUAUGGUAUUUUUAGUUCUGUCAUACACCGUUUUUUCUUUUUAUGG